GAAGCCUUUAAAACAUCAGAGCUCCAGGUUUGGAGUAAGUUAAACUGACAUGAUGGUGUCAGUGAAAGACAUCCUGGUAGCGGCUGCUGUUUGUGUUUUCACCCUCAUAUCUCACAGUGAGGGUAUAAUUGGAGGCAGAGAAGCAGCGCCUCAUUCCCGGCCCUACAUGGCGUCCAUCCAGGUACAGCAGGAGGAGGUCAGGAAGCAUGAAUGUGGAGGUUUUCUGGUCGCAGAUCAGUGGGUGAUGACUGCAGUGCACUGUCUGCCAACAGGUCCCAGUGGGAGAAAAGUAGUGCUGGGUCUUCAUUCUCUGAGCGAACCUGAAGAAACACAACAAGUCUUUGACAUCUUGGAGCUUCACAACCACCCAGAUUUUAACAGCGUUAAUUAUGACAAUGACAUCGCUUUAAUUAAGUUGGAUCAUCCAGUGAACAUCACUGAGGCUGUGAGGACGUUGGAGUUUCUGCGAAGCGGCGGCACCAACCCGGGCACAGAUGAAGAGGUUGAAACGGCAGGAUGGGGUUCCACCGACAACCUGGGAUCCAGACCGGACAAGUUAAAAGAGCUGGUGGUUGAAGUGGUCAGCUCCCAGAGAUGCCGACGCAGUGACUACUUUGGCUCGAGGUUCACUAGUAACAUGAUCUGUGCGCACAAAAUAUGUGACAACCCAUGUGAUAAACCACAGAAGAAAGAAGACACCUGUGAUGGCGACUCUGGAGGUCCUCUGCUCUACAACGGUGUCGCAGUAGGCAUCGUCUCCAACGGUGGGAUUAAAUGCGGCCAAUUCCGAAAGCCUGGAAUAUACACUAUCAUUUCACACUAUACACAGUGGAUUGACAGCAUCAUGGGCCAACAACCCACUGCACAACCUGCAAGCCUGUAAGGACGGAUACCCACAAUGCAAUGCUACCACUCACCUAUGAAGAUGAUAUGAUGUUGUUUGGAAAUCUCACUAAUAUUAUCUGAUGUUAUACACAAAAGUGUUGUUUGCAUGAGUUAUAUAUCCUUAAGAUUACAAAAUAAAAACAAUAAAACAGUUUUGUGCAUU